ACUUCAAGUUCAAGAUCGGCAUCAUGCGAAUGAUGCGAUACGUUUCUACCACUCUGCACCUGUUCUUAAUUUUAUGCCUCUUUUUAAUGAUCUCAUAGCAUUGUGUGAUCUUUGUUUGCAUUUGAGAAUUGAUGUAGGCUCUGUACGUUUGCCGCCCAUUAUCGCAUAUUCACAUGAACGGCAUGACAACGCCAGUACUAAACCGCCAGUUUACUACGAAUGCCCAGUAUUGCCCAUAAUGUGUACAGAUAGCUCUUUUGUGUUUUUUAUGACUACAGCGCAAACCUGGCGCGACAGUUCCUCAUAAAGGCACGCUUUUGUGGUUUGUGGUUGCAGUUUUUGGUCAGUCACUCACAAAUCACAUAGCGAAAUUUUAUCUACGUUAGAUAUUUUUUUCUGGCGGCUUUCCGUGUACUUAUCGGUUGUUUGAGCCGUGUGAGUCCUUUGUUGUAUAGGCUGCUGGUCAAAAUAGUGAUCUGCAAAGCCUGGCUUCCAUUGUCCGUGGUCGAUCCUGCAUUCCAUUUUAGCUGUUCCAGGAUUUAGAUCACUGCGAAUCGGCAACCUAACAGCCGGAAUCGGUCGACUAGAACAAGGGCUGGGCACGCCUUCCUGCACUAGCGCAAUAUCAUCUGAAUGAGUUCCCAGUUGAGCAUUCUUCUGGCCGGAAAGUUGGAAACUGCUGAGAAAACACUUCCAGUUCGAAAGCGUCCAGUGGAGAGAGCCGCAGCGUGUCUAGAUUUCGCAAUCAAAGACAAGAAUCUUUCGUUAACAUCAAGGUCGAAUCCAUGACUUCCAUAGACAACGGCGCUUUCGAUCCCUCGGAGGAUGUGGUUCAUUAUGGGAAAGGCACAGCUGUAACUGUCACGCGGCAUCACUUCACACCACACGAAAACGGAAAAGCAAUCGCCGGUGUAACCGAUCCGCCUGAUAAAACGGCGGAAGAAAAACUUAAGGAUGACGGAAAGGGAAAAGACAAACCUCAGCAAGUCGGAAUCUUUCAAAUUUUUCGGUUUGCCGACAAAAUCGAUGUACUUUUUAUGACAAUUGGAUCGAUUGCAGCUUUGGUAUGCGGAUUAUGCCUUCCCAUAAUGAUCAUCGUUUUGGGUGAUAUGACCAACUCCUUUCUUAACAAUGAUCGCAUCAAUUUGAUGGCCCAAGCUGCAUCCGCACAAGCAAGUACGGCCGCAUCCGCCGGUAUCAACACAAAUUAUUUCAAUCAGACUGGCGAUCUUGAAGAAUCUAUGAAAACAUUUUCCUAUUAUUAUAUCGGCAUUGGCGUUGCUGUUUUGAUAUCUGGGUACAUGAUGGUGGCUUUCUGGGUCUGGGCGUCUGCGCGGCAGACCCAUAAAAUCCGAUUGGCUUUUUAUCGUGCCAUUCUCCGUCAGGAUGUUGGCUGGUACGACGUAAACAAUCCCGGCGAACUGGCUACACGACUUGCAGACGAUCUUAGCAAAAUUCAGGCUGGAAUAGGGGACAAGAUGGGUCUUUUCGUCAUGGGAAUGGCCUCCUUCGUUGCUGGUUUUGUUAUUGGAUUUAUCAAAGGAUGGGAAUUGACGCUUGUCAUUCUUGCCUUUACACCUCUGCUGGCUGCUUGUGGAUCUACGUUAGUUAAGCUCACCACAGCGCUGAGCUCCCAAGAAUCAAAGGCCUACGCAAAAGCUGGUGCAAUAGCGGAAGAAGCCCUGUCAUCCAUUAGGACCAUUGCUGCACUGGGAGCUGAGAACCGGACAGUGGUCAAAUAUACCAGAAACCUGGAUGAAGCCAAGCGUGUGGGAAUUAGAAAAGGCAUCACUUUUGGACUGGGCAUGGGCGUAACGUGGCUUGUCAUUUACGUCGCGUAUUGUGUGGCGUUUUGGUACGGUGCCAAGUUGGUUCGGGAGUCACUACAGAGUGGGCAAAUACCACCGCGAUAUGAUGGCGGCACUGUUUUAAUGGUAUUUUUUGCUGUUCUGAUUGGUGCAAUGUCGUUGGGCAACGCUGCACCCAGUCUAAACGAGCUUUCAACAGCACGCGGAGCGGCGUUUUUUGUCUUCCAAGUAAUUGACCGGCAACCUCCAGUCGAUACUAUUUCUACUGCUGGGCAGAUGCCAGUUCCAGUGCUCGGCAGAAUCAGAUUUAAGGAUGUUGCGUUCUCUUAUCCUUCUCGCAAGGACGUCCAGAUACUUCGGAGACUAAACAUCGGGAUUGAAGAGGGACAAACUGUGGCACUGGUUGGCCCGUCCGGGUGCGGUAAAUCAACCACAAUUCAACUGCUCCAAAGGUUUUAUGAUCCCAACGCUGGAGAUGUCUAUGUGGACGGAAUAAAAGUCCAAGAUUGGAAUAUUAAUUAUUUGCGAGAUUUUAUUGGAGUCGUUUCACAGGAGCCGGUUUUGUUCGAUACAACUAUUAGUGAGAAUAUUCGCUAUGGACGCGAUGGCGUUACACAGGCUGAGAUCGAGGCAGCAGCUCGCAAAGCUAAUGCGCACGCCUUCAUAAUGGACCUUCCUCAGAAAUAUGAUACAAUCGUCGGCGAACGGGGAUCGCAGAUGUCCGGUGGUCAGAAGCAAAGAAUCGCCAUUGCUCGCGCCAUUGUGCGAGAUCCGAAGAUUCUUCUACUGGAUGAAGCCACCAGUGCGCUGGAUGCCAACAGUGAGAAAAUCGUUCAGGAUGCACUAGACGAAGCCCGUCAAGGUCGGACAACGAUCAUCAUUGCCCAUCGUUUGAGCACAAUUCGGCAGGCAGAUCGCAUCAUCGUCAUGGACAAAGGCGAGGUCAUCGAGGAAGGAUCCCAUUCGUCGCUGAUGAGUGAAAGGGGGAUGUACUACACUCUGGUUACAAACCAGGUAAAAGAGGACUCGGAAAAGAAGGAUGGCGAUCUGGAAGACGGGCCGGAUGUCGUGCCGGAAACGGAAUGGCCGAGUUCCGGAAGGAAAAGCGAAAGAAAGAGUAUCAUCAGUUUGGGGACCGUUAGUGUUGGUGGUCGCAGCGUGAAGGAAGAGGAGGCUGUUAAAGUGCCAAUGAGUCGGAUAUUUAAACUAAAUUUGCCGGAGUGGCCCUACAUCGCUAUGGGAUGUUUUGCGGCGGCCGUUACAGGAGCUGCACAGCCGGCGUUCGCUAUUCUUUUUUCGGAAAUGAUUCGGGUAUUCGUUCAAAUUGAUAUGGUCAAACAGGAAAGAGAUGCGUUAGUAUUUUCCCUCUGCUUUUUGGCAAUAGGGUUUGGCACGUUUCUCAGCUGGUUUAUACAGUCUACUGCAUUUGCGGUGUCCGGCGAAACACUUACGGUGCGCAUUAGAAUCCUGUGUUUUUCAAGGAUGUUGCGUCAAGAGAUCGGUUGGUUUGACCGGGAAGAAAACAGCACCGGCGCUCUUACAACGAGAUUGGCAACCGAUGCUGCUGCAGUGCAAGGAGCUGCUGGUAUUCGCAUUGCUACAGUAAUCCAGGCUGCCACCUUGUUGAUCGCUUCCGUAGCAAUUGCUUUUGCUUACAGUUGGAAACUCACUCUAGUAAUCUUGGCUUUUGUGCCGCUAGUCGUGGUUGGAGGAGCUUUCCAGUUGAAAAUUCUUUCCGGCUCAGCUGGAAAGAAUCAGAAGGAACUGGAAGAAGCGGGAAAAGUCGCAUACGAAUCUAUUGACAACUUUCGGACGGUCACCACGCUUGGCCUUCAAGAGCGUUUUUAUCGUGUGUAUUCCGAACGCUUAAAAGUCCCCCUGAAGAAUGAAAUCGUUAAAGCGCAUACGUAUGGAUUAGCAUACAGCAUUUCCCAGGGCGUGAUAUACUUUGCCUAUGCCGCGGCAUUUACCUUUGGAGCUUACUUGAUCAAGCAGCAUGAGAUAGAUUUUCCGGAUGUUUUUCGAGUGUUCGGCGCGUUGAUCUUUUGUGCUAUGGGACUGGGAAAUGUGACCUCGUUCGCUCCGGAUGGCGCUAAGGCACAAGCAGCUGCUGGACGUAUCUUUCCACUACUGGACAGAAAACCGGACAUCGAUAGCAGUUCUUCUGAUGGAAAGCAGCCUGAAAAUUUAAGCGGUCGUAUAGCGUUUAACGAUGUUCGAUUUUCAUUUCCUACAAGAACUUCCGUUAAGAUUUUGCGCGGCUUGAACCUGGACAUUGGUGCCGGACAGACUUUGGCUCUCGUGGGGCAUUCCGGAUGUGGGAAAAGCACUACAAUUUCUUUAGUGGAGCGCUUUUAUGAUGCAACAUCCGGCAUUGUGGUAAGUGUGAACAUCUCAUUUUAGCUGAUUGAUGUGUACGCGACUAACAACAUUAAAUGGAGACAACAGGUACUCUUCAGUGGAACAGUCAAAGAAAAUAUUACAUACGGUUGCAGCGAGCCCGUGGAUAUGGAGGCCAUCAUUCAAGCGGCCCGGGACGCCAAUAUUCAUGACUUCGUGAUGAACCUACCGGCGCAGUACGAUACUGAUCUGGGUGAUCGCGGAUCGCAGUUAUCCGGAGGCCAGAAGCAGCGGAUCGCUAUUGCGCGAGCGAUAAUACGCAAGCCGAAAAUCCUGCUGUUGGAUGAAGCGACUAGCGCUUUGGAUACCGAAUCGGAGAAAAUUGUCCAAGAAGCACUGGACCGUGCACAACAAGGAAGAACAUGCAUUGUUAUUGCCCAUCGCCUAAAUACCAUUCAGAAUGCGGAUAAAAUUUGCGUAAUAUCGCAUGGGAAAGUGGCGGAGCAGGGCACACACCAGCAACUGAUGGCCAUGCGCGGUUUAUACUGGAAGUCCUUUACCACUCUUUCCGGUGGACAUUCAUAGAGUUUCAAUUUUUUGGGUUCGAAUGUCUUUCUUGAGUAUUUUACAAGUAUCUGUAAUAACUCUAGUAGUAGCGUUGUAACUUUUUCAGCAGUGAGUGCACAGGGUACCGGUAAUCCAAUAUUUUAAUAUUUUUUCGGUAGAUGGAAUUAACCGGACGGUCUCCACUUAACGAUCUUCUGGUUUUGUAUGGUACGAUUUACGUUGUACUACUAGGAGUAAGCGCGCUGGCUGGAAUUUUUUGGGUACAGAAGCCAAGACGCGAUGUUAUGCCAGUUCUAAAGUUGAAAAUGGCAGCAUGCUUAUGCAAAACUGA